UUUUUCACUGGAAGGUUACACAUCACUAAAGUAAAUAUGUCCACAUAAGACGUUUGUUUUAGGCACAGGGGCCAGUCCAAAAAAAAUUAACAAGAAAUAUCUUUAAAAAAAGUUAUACGGCGUUGAUUGUAGUUGGAGUUGGUGAAAGAUCUCAGUUUCUGUUGAUAAGUGUGUCACUGUGGGUGUGGCUACAGCAGAUUUCAGUCUACCAGUAAAUGUGCAGAAUAGCAGACCUUGCUAGACGUUGAUCGAAGCUAGUUCAAAGGAGAUGGCAGGAAGAUGUUACAGUUCACAGAGGGGCGUGUUAUGUGGACUGCUUCAAGUCAAUACAAGCAAUACUGUGUGUGCAACAAAACAACAUGUUGCCAUAAUGUCAUACAAAUCAGUCAAUCAUUUAAACUUUGCUGUUCAUGCAAGGUUUCCCGUGACAGCAUUUAACAGUGUCCGAAUGAUGUCAAACUCCUUUAAUUGUGAUAGAAAGCACUUUGAGUUUAGUGUAAAACAACCAUACUGCAUGAAUUCCAAAUUUUCCAGGAACUGCUCCAACAGCUUGCUGGAGAGUCUUUUAAAAACUAAUUGUCAAUUGUGUUUACCUCGACCAACAUCUACUCUUAGUGCAAGACCACAGUAUGUGUUAGGAGCACACCCACAUUCCAGAGGAAGUGUUUUAUGCAGACUUUUACCUACUAGUCCAGUAUUGGGCCUCUCAGACCAUCGACAUCUCAGCAUGGAGAAGAUGUUGAGGGCAACACCUGCAUCAGUUCAGCCAUAUCUGCGCUUGAUUCGUUUUGACAAACCAAUAGGUACGUACCUUCUGUUUUGGCCCUGCACAUGGAGUAUCGGGCUUGCGGCCACUGCCGGCAGUCUACCCAGCCUCUACCUGAUCACGCUGUUUGGUCUGGGAUCCUUUAUCAUGCGAGGGGCAGGCUGUAUUAUCAAUGACAUGUGGGACAAGGACAUUGAUGCAAAGGUUGAGAGAACUAAGUCCCGUCCUCUGGCAAGCGGUGAGCUAACCUAUUUCCAGGCACUGUCAUUCCUGGGCUUGAACCUGUCAUUGGCAUUAGGCAUUCUUCUGCAGUUGAAUUGGUAUAGUAUUUACCUGGGCGCCUCGUCGAUGCUUCUAGUGGUGGCCUACCCACUUGCCAAACGCUUCACUUACUGGCCACAGGUCCUGCUUGGGCUGACCUUCAAUUAUGGGGCAAUGGUUGGCUGGUGUGCUGUAAAGAACGGUUUAGAUGUCCCUGUCUUACCCCUUUAUGCAGCCUGUAUAUGCUGGACACUUUUCUAUGACACUAUCUACGCUCAUCAAGACAAGUACUAUGACAUGCUGAUAGGAGUGAAAUCUACGGCUCUGAAGUUUGGGGACAGAACCAAGCUAUGGUUGACUGGGUUUGGGAGUGCGAUGAUUGGUCUGUUGGGGCUGACGGGACACCUGUGUGACCAGACCUGGCCCUACUAUGUUGCCCUGUCCACUACUGCAGCCCAUCUGGCUCAUCAGUUGUACACUGUGGACCUGGACAAUCCCGACGACUGCAUGAAGAAGUUCAAGGCCAACACACAGCUGGGUGCAGUCAUGUUUGUGGGCAUUGUGUUGGGAACCUUGCUCAAACCCCAUCAGGAUGAGGGGGACGAGGAAGACUCUACCUGAUCACUGAAACUGGAAGAUUACGGGAGCUAAUUGAAAGUGCUUGAUGCAAUGUCCUUUUUAAGAAUGUACUAGAUUGAUGAUAACUUAAUUGAUUUUUGAGUGGGAACACUGUUGAAACCUGGCCAUUCAGAAGGGGGAAGUCUCUGUGUGAAAUCUUAAACUGACACUGUAUGAGUGCUUGAUGCAAGGACCUGAGACUGUGAGCGUUGAAAAGAUAACCUGUGUGCAAAUUUCUUCAAGUAUUUGUGUCCUUUAAUACAUGAACGUAUGGAUAAAUAAAGUAAAUGUUUGUCUACUUAUAGCUUAAAUGUUGCAGUUAAAAAUUAAAGCAAUAAGUAUGAGAACACAUAAACCGUGGUAUUAUAUUUUAGUUUAUAAUGCAAUGGUCUAUCUUUGAUGUAAAAAAACUAUGUUUAUUGCUAUUUUAUAAAAUUUGUGUUAUAAAGUGUUAUGCAAGUAAAAAGUAGUUUGUUACUCCAUUAACAUUGUUUGUUACAAA